AUGGCACGCGCCGCCGCCGCGGCGGCCCUGCUGCUCGUCCUCCUGGCCGCCACCGCCCUCGCCGCCUCCGCCGCGGACAUGUCGAUCAUCUCCUACAACGAGGCGCACGGCACGCGGGGCCUGGAGGAGCGCACCGAGGCGGAGGCCCGGGCCGUCUACGACCUCUGGCUCGCCGAGAACGGCGGCGGCUCGGGCCCCCCGCGCAACUCCAACGCGCUCGUCGACCGCUUCCGCGUCUUCUGGGACAACCUCCGCUUCGUCGACGCCCACAACGCGCGCGCCGCCGCGGGCCAGGAGGGGUUCCGGCUCGGGAUGAACCGGUUCGCGGAUCUCACCAACGCCGAGUUCCGGGCGGCGUUCCUCGGGGUGAAGGGCGCCGCUGAGAGGGUGGGCCGCGUGGUGGGCGAGAGGUAUCGCCACGAUGGGGUUGAGGAGCUGCCCGAGGCCGUCGAUUGGAGGGCGAAGGGCGCCGUCGCCGCCGUCAAGAACCAGGGCCAAUGCGGAAGUUGCUGGGCCUUUUCUGCAAUCAGCUCAGUAGAAAGCAUCAACCAAAUUGUCACUGGUGAGCUGGUCACAUUAUCUGAGCAGGAGCUUGUGGAGUGUGACACCAAUGGGCAGAGCAAUGGCUGCAAUGGGGGGCUUAUGGAUGAUGCCUUCGAUUUCAUCAUAAAGAACGGUGGCGUUGAUACUGAAGAUGAUUACCCUUACAAAGCCUUGGACGGCAGAUGUGAUAUCAACAGGAAAAAUGCAAAGGUGGUGAGCAUCGAUGGCUUUGAAGAUGUCCCUGAAAAUGAUGAGAAAUCGUUGCAGAAGGCGGUUGCUCACCAGCCCGUGAGUGUUGCCAUCGAAGCUGGUGGCCGAGAGUUUCAGCUCUAUCAGUCGGGUGUCUUCAGUGGAAGGUGUGGCACACAACUUGACCAUGGUGUGGUUGCUGUUGGCUAUGGCACUGAGAACGGCAAGGACUACUGGAUCGUCCGCAACUCAUGGGGUCCAAACUGGGGAGAGGCUGGGUACCUCCGCAUGGAGCGCAACAUCAACGUGACCACUGGGAAAUGCGGGAUUGCCAUGAUGUCAUCGUACCCUACCAAGAAUGGUGCUAACCCGCCCAAGCCAUCUCCAACACCCCCCACGCCACCGACACCGCCUCCCCCAGUUGCCCCUGACCAUGUCUGUGACGAGAACCAGUCAUGCCCGGCCGGCAGCACCUGCUGCUGCGCGUUCAGCUUCAGGAACCAAUGCCUGUUAUGGGGCUGCUGCCCGGUUGAAGGCGCCACCUGCUGCAAGGACCAUGCCAGCUGCUGCCCACCGGACUACCCCGUCUGCAACAUCCGUGCUGGAACUUGCUCAGCGAGCAAGAACAGCCCGCUGACUGUGAAGGCCUUGAAGCGCACCCUCGCUAAGCGCAUCACCGCAUGAACUCGUCGAGACGGCGGUGAAUAGAAGGAUGCGGCUGCCUGGAGCUUUUCUGCCUCUGUGCACCGCAAACCUUUAUUCAAAAUUUGAACUAGACAUGGCUUUUGUAGAAUUGGUUCUUAAGUUCAGUACUACUACUUAUCUUAGAUGAAGUCGUCGUUGUACAUAUCUCGCUCCCAUUUGUAAUGUUCUCAAGAAUAUUUGUCAAGCUAAUUAGUGAUUAUCCUUGUUCAUCUCAACUUUUAACUACAAGAGAUUAAGCUGUGUGCUCUGUUCGUAC